UCCGGUGUGGGCGGAGCUGACAUUCUGGGUACGUGGUACGUAGACAAAAAUCGACGUCGUUUUCUUUUCAUCCUCACUAAUUUGUGUUCGUCAUAUUUGUGACCGUCUCCAGCUCACUUCACAAACCACCAGCAUCUGCAACGAUGGUCGCCAAACAGAGGAUUCGUAUGGCCAACGAGAAACACAGCAAAAACAUCACCCAGAGAGGCAACGUCAAAUCCUCGAGAAACGUCAGUGAUGAUAAAGUCUCGGUAGGACCGUGGCUCUUGGCGCUCUUCAUCUUUGUUGUCUGUGGUUCAGCAAUAUUCCAGAUCAUUCAGAGCAUCCGGAUGGGUAUGUAAAGAGGACCAGUGAUGUCUCAAGUAUCCACUCCUUGCCAGUUCUGCGACUCUGCCAAGGAGCCUUUCUUUAAGGCUUUUUGCCGAUUUUAUUGAUUUAUCUUCUAUGAGGUGCAACAAUCCUAUCAUUCCUCUCUGGUGCCUUGUUAAUGAAGAAAAAUCAAAAAGCCAUAAAAUUGCAUUCCGAUCAAUUGUAAUGUUAUUUUCUGUCAAUCUACCUUGAUGUAAUGUAAAAAUCUUGAAAAGGCAGCGAUGUGAUUUGUAAUUCUUGAUUUCUCAUUCAUUCCUAAAAUAAUUGUGCAGAAAUUAUUUAAUGUCUUUAUGUUGGAUUUUUGGGACCCCCAAAACAGCCAUUUUGUAGUUUGCACAGGAUAAAGUAUUACGAAUGAAAAGCCAGUCAGCAAAUCUAAAUCACAAAUGUAAAAUUACAUUGAAUUACUUUUCUUGUACUUGUUUUCUUUGUAAUUUAAUAGCUGCCUCCUCCUUUCUUGAAUAUGGAAUAAUUUAGUUCUCUGGCACAUAUUCUUGUCAUUGUGGUACUGUUUACCAUGAUAGAAAUGAGGCUUAGCAAUUCAGCUUUUUCAGAACUGAUGAUGCUAUAUACUGUAUGCUAUGAUGGCGUAAAGAGGAACAGGAAAAGAGCUGGACUAAAAUAAAAUGUUUUUAAAAUG